AUGUCUUUUGUUUCUGGCGACAACGUCGCAAUAAGACGGCAGAUCUUCAAUUCGAUCCUGCUGCUCUGUGCUUUUGUCGGCCUGCCUCUGUGGUAUGUCACCACGUCUGUGCACCGCGCGGAGCUUCCUGCUGCCCAGAUAUACAGCCUGUCGUCCCAGCUGUCGUCGUUCGUCAGUUACGAGAUCCCCGUGUACGUGGAGGUUGCCGCAACUGCCUCAGGCGUGGUUGCCGAAGCACAGCAGCAUUUGGACGCAUUGGUGAAGUCCUACGACCUUCCAAUCUCGUGGAACAUUGUCCUCAGACAGGGCCCUGGAGGACCCAGCGACUACAAGGUGGAGCUUGUGAUGGAUGAGGAGGCGGAUAAAGUGUACGUCUCCCCGUUCGAGGACCGCAAAAUCAAGCUAUACACGUCACCUACGGUGAUCAGCAACAACAAAAUUGCAGACCUAGUUGCGCGCACCUUGGUGCAGGACGUGUUUGCAGACGAGAUCGAGAUGUUCGCGCGCUACGACCAGCCGGCAUCGGCAAUAAAAAUGCCCUACUCGCCCAAAUACCACGUCACUCUGUCGCUGUUACAGGGUGGCAACGACCCCAUCGCCUGGAACAUCGAGCAGGCCGCUCCUCUGUUCGAGAACUACCUGCACAGUCUGUCACCGUACGCGAACUUCACGCUUGAUUCGCAGGUCCAGCAUUACGAAAAACUCUCCGACAAUACAGCAUUGCGGUACGACGACGACCACAAGGCGUUUCUGCUCAAAGAGGCCGACACGUCCACAUUUAUCGACUACUCAGAGUGGGGCCUCGACCAGAACACAAAGUCGGUGCCGGUGAUCAACUUUGUGGCAUACGUUCCUGCGGCGGCCGUGCGGCCUAUUCUGAUUGAAAAUUCGGUGUCAAAUUCCUUCAUCGUGCCUCAAUGGGGAGGCGCAGCAAUCCUGAACACCGAUAAGCAGGUGCUCGAGUACGACGACCUGCUGCCCGUGAUGGAGAUCUUUGCUUCGCAGCUGUUCCAGCUGGUGGGGGCGCCUUCCAAGCCGAAGUCGCCAACAAUCAGAACCGACAUCCUCACCAGAGUCCAAUCGUUGCACAACAUGCACAAGUCGAUCGACAACCUCAUCUCUCUGUGCAAGCUGUGUCAGCAAUUACCUAAUAUAAGUGUUCCUGACAGCACGCGUGAACAAGUGGAACAGGCCAUACAGACAAUAAUAGAAGCUGCAGCCGCAGCCAAAAACGGCAAUUGGGGCUUUGCCAACUCUCUGGCAGCCAAGGCUUAUGUGCUAUCGGACAAGGCCUUCUUCCAAAAGGAUAUGGUACAGCAGAUGUAUUUCCCGGAGGAGCACAAGAUGGCCGUGUACACUCCGUUGCUUGGACCCUUUGCCACGAUAAUGUUGCUGGGUCUUAUUCGGCUGGUCAACGAGGAACGUGGGAAUGCGAAACCCAAAGAGGCGUAAAAUAGUCGUUGCGCUGAUUGUGUCCAGGUUUUGUUUCAAGCCGCAGGUCCGCGUAAAAGAAAAAAAAAAAAACCUGUCCCAGGCGGCCUAAGCGAAACAAUUAUAUAAAUUUUCCAGUCUGCUAGUGUAUUUGAUAUCCAAAUGUUAUUAUCGACGGUCCGCCAGCGGGCGCGUCUCAACUCCACGUAUCUUGUACGUGCAGCUGUUAUUCUUCUUGUUUUCGUUGGGCUGGCAAAUGUCUUCUGGAUCAAGAGUUCUUCCGCUCCGAAACCACAAGAAGUUCAUCAGGCGAUCGACACAGAGAACACAAAACACGAAAACGCCACGAUUCUGAGUCUGUGUCGGAACGAGGAUCUGAACGGGAUCAUCACGUCAAUCCAAAAUCUGGAGGACCGUUUCAACCGCAAUUUCAAGUAUGACUGGGUGUUCCUCAACAAUGUCCCCUUUUCGGAGGAAUUCAAGACAAAGGUUUCCAGCAUGGUGUCUGGCGAGGCGAAAUUUGGCCUCAUUCCUGAGGAGCACUGGUCGUACCCUUCGUUUAUAGAUCAGGAAAAAGCCAAGCAGGAGCGCGAGCGGCUGGCCAGCAUGGGAAUCAUUUACGCCGAUUCUGAGAGUUAUAGACAUAUGUGCCGGUUCAACUCGGGCUUUUUUUACAAGCACCCGCUCUUGCAGCAGUACAAAUACUACUGGCGCGUGGAGCCGGACGUGGAUUUCUACUGUGACGUCGACUACGACCCGUUCAGGCUGAUGCGCGAACAGCAGAAAAUAUACGGCUUCACCAUCUCGAUCUACGAGUUCAGAGCCACGAUAGCUUCGCUGUGGGACACGGUGAGGGCGUUUCUGAGUAUGAAUCCGGAGGCACAGCACUCCAACUCUCUCGUGGACUUCAUCUCGGACGACAGCGGCGUCUCGUACAACUUGUGCCACUUCUGGUCGAAUUUCGAGAUCGCAGACAUGGAUUUCUGGCGAUCCCAGUUGUACGAGGACUUUUUCAACUAUCUGGACGCUUCGGGAGGCUUUUUCUACGAGCGCUGGGGAGACGCGCCUGUGCACUCGAUCGCCGUGUCGCUGUUUGUCGACCGCGACAAGAUCCACUUCUUCGACGACAUAGGGUACAACCACGGAGUGUACUCGAUGUGUCCGCUGGACGACAAAGUGUGGAUCAACAACCGAUGCAGCUGCAACAAGGACUCGGACUUCACGUUCCGCGGCUAUUCGUGCGGCCAGCGGUACUACAAGGUCACGAAUCGCGCGCUGCCUCCGAACUGGAAAGCUUAUGCGGAUCUAUAGCUUUUUUUAGCAAUCGCCAAGAACCUAGCACGAAGCCGCACACUGAUUCUCCAUCGUAGCAGAAGGUGCUUUUUUUUCCACCCUCCUCGACACGCCGCACGUGCACCAGGAACACAACCUUCUAAGCCCGCGUUCCUGGCGUGCUGGCCGGUCCAAGG